UGUCUCCACACCCAGGUCUUUCCCCCGUUUAGGUUGAUGCCCAGGAAGGUGACGCUGAUCACUGGGGCCAUGAUGCAGAUCACCUCCGAGGGCGGCCCCCAGCCUCAGGUCAACAUCCUGUUCUCCAUCAGCAAUGAGAGCGUUGCGGUGGUGAACGGCGCCGGGCUGGUGCGGGGGCUUGCCAUCGGCAACGGCACCGUGUCAGGGGUCGUGCAGGCCGUGGACGCUGAGACCGGCAAGCUCGUCACCGUGUCUCAGGUAACGGGCGUGGGCUCCAUCGCGGACACGGGGCCCUCUAGUGAUGGGGCACACUGGCGAGUUGGCCAGCUGUGACGGGGAGGACGCCCUGUUUACGGGGUUUGGGCUCUGCUGCUGAGGCCCACCCCUCUCUGAGGGUCCUGUUUCUGCCCUCUGAGUCCACAGCCCCCGUCUGUCACCCCUGCCUGGGAUGGCCCUGCCAGCUGGGGGCACCUGGACCGCCAAGGCUGCUUUUCUCCAGACUGAGUCUCCCCAGCUGCUCCUUAAGGGACAGGUCUCCAAGCCCCCGCCCUGGGGACAUCCAGUGCAUGAAGGUGGCAGCGGUUGUGAUAGUGGACU